AUGCCUGUUCCAUCAUCAACAGAUCCAAAAUUCAAUGAAACGUUCGCUAUUUUUAUAUGCAAAGAAUUACAGAUAAUCACUCCAUCAGUAUUAGUCGUAUUGACAAUAAAAGAACUUAAUGAUUUAACUUGUGCUGUUUAUCCUGAUUUAAAAUCAGCUAGUAAUCCUACAAUAACAACAACUUCAAGUGAAAUGAGUGAUGAUGAAGUUUAUGUCAACAAGAUUGAAAUGAAUUUAUCCAAUGAUAAACUGAUUGGAAAACGUAAAUAUCGUCAUUGUAAAGUUAGUAUCAUGAAUUUUAUCGAAUUUGUUGGUGUAUAUACUCGUAAAAGGUUUUAA